AUGGCGGACAGACAGGGACAGGAGGACGCGCCCUUCAGUGAGUUCGGCCAAGGCCUCUCUAAUGCCGAUCGAAGCAUGUUCGAUCUCUUCCAGGCUGCGAACCAGAGCAGUUUCGACUUCAACCAGAUGCCAAGCCUCGGCGACUUCAGUCAGAUGCCAGGCAUGGACAACUUCAACCCCCCACCAGACCUGGGCAACUUCAACUGGACCGAACUCCAAAACGACCAUGGUUCAACUCCCUUUACCGUGCCGGAGGUGGCGCCUGGUCCAUUCAUCCCUCAAAUCCCACUGGAUCCGGCCAUUAUCAACAACCCAGCACUUUUCGGCCCAGCACAACCUGGCCUGGCAUCAUCUGGUCCAGCAUCAACUAUCCCGGACCCCUCUGGACCAGCACCAACUAUUCCGUCAUCAACAACCUCAAGUCAAUCCUCGGCUCGCCGCAGUGCCGCCGUCAAAAAGCCGCGCACCAGCCGGACCACCCUCGGCAGCCAUUCCUGCGUCGGCUGCCGCAAGUCCAAGACCAAGUGCAAGGUCACGACCGGCAGCGGCCGCUGCGACCGCUGCAGCACGCGCAACAUGGAGUGCGACCGCAACGUCGAGGAUGGGCGCACCAACUGCUCGGUAUACAAGGAGCUCCAGGAGGUCAUCGACACUUUCAGCAAGGUGGCCCGCGAGCUCGCCGUCAAGAUCUGCUGCUACCGCCACCCACACUACCGCGAGCAGAUGCUCUCUCUGCCACCGCAGCUCGGCCACACCACCGUCCUGAAGAUGUGGGACGCCAACAAGCCCGCGCCCUCGGGUGUCCCUCGCCGCUUCCUGGCCCUCGAGAAUCUCCGCCAGGUGCCCAUGCCAGAGGGCAACCGGGAGAAGCUCAAGUACACACGGCAGCACGUCACCACCGUCAAGGAUGCGUGUAUGCGGUACAUCGGCGGCAUGCUCACAGUCUGCGACCAGCUGCAGGCAAACCAACUGCCCGAGCAAGAGCAGAUCGGCAUGUACCAGGCACUGGCGGCCAACGGAUGGGUCCUCGACAGCCGCGAGCCCUUGAAGCCGGCAGAGCGCGAGGAGCUCAGCGCCAGGCUCCGCCACGAGUGGCACGGGGGACUGCCAUAUCCCAUGUGGGACGACUCUUACCACAACGCCGGGGGCGCGAGCCAGGCUCAGAUUGACGAAUUUGAGCAUGCUCAAGCGGCUCAGAACGGCAAAUAG